CCGGGCCCAGGAGCAGAGGGUCUGGGGGCCGGGAGCCGGGGAGGAGGGCGACGACGAGGCGGGGCCGCGGAGGGGCUCGGCAGGCCGAGGCGGCUCGCGGUGUCGGGCGGUUCCGGGGGCCCGGAGCCUGGGGCCGGGAGGAGGGCAACGUCGAAGUGCGCGGGACUUCCUUCGCGCGGCCUCCCGGAUUAUUUUCGUCCAGAAAUCCUGCUUGGGCCGAGCGCCCGAGCGCGUGGCUGGUCAGGCUGAGGCUUCGGGGUGCGGGGCGGGCGUCCGAACGGUCAGCGCGAGACAAGGGCCACCUCCGGCGCAGACAGGUCUGACUGAGGGCCGCGUGGCUACUUGAGGCACGGGGGAGCUGACCCGGUGGCGAGGAGGCGGUGCCGGAGGCGCUCGCGCAUCUCCAAGCAGUAAUGCAACUGAAGUUAUCCUUAGUACCACGAGCCGCGCAGUUGAAAGACCGUAACAUUUUCUUUCCCAGAAGGUGGUUUAACGGAGGCGUAAAGACCUUGCACCGCUGGAGGUGAGAGGAUCAAAUCGGUUUCAGCCCUGACCAGGCCUGCGUUUCGUCAUGGCGCUCUACUUUGACCACCGCAUAGAAGCCCCAGAUGCAGUUGGGUCUCCCUCCCACAUCAGUUGGCACCCCGUUCACCCAUUCCUGGCAGUCGCUUCCAUUAGCACAGCCUCAGGAGGCAGUGUGGAUAUAUAUCGGGAGCAAGGUGAGUGCGUGCCAGACACGCAUAUCGAGAGGUCGUUCCGGGUCACCUCCCUCUGCUGGCACCCGACGCGGCUGAUCCUGGCUAUUGGCUGGGAGACCGGAGAAGUGGUCGUGUUUAAUAAGCAAGACAAGGAGCAGCAUGUGGUCCCCCCUACGCAAACCGCCGACAUCACCGUCCUCAACUGGAGCCCCAACGGGAACUGCCUGGUAUCGGGGGAUAGGCUUGGUAUCCUGCUCUUAUGGAAGUUGGACCAAAGGGGUCGAGUACAAGGGGCACCGCUGCUGAAACACGAGUAUGGAAAACACCUCACUCACUGCAUCUUCCGGCUCCCCCCUCCCGGCGAGGACCUCGUUCAGUUGGCGAAGGCAGCUGUGAGUGGUGAUGAGAAAGCCCUGGACAAGUUUAACUGGAGGAAGUGUGGCUUUGGAAGUUUCCUGAAAAUGGGACCUCAAGAGGGACUCUCAUUCUUUGUCAGCUUGACCGAUGGGACCGUGCACUACGUGGACGAGAAGGGCAGGACGGCCCGGGUGGCGUCCACGGACAGCUCCAUUCAGACUCUGUUCUACCUGGAGGAGAGAGAGGUGCUGGUGGCAGUCACCGAGAGCCUGCUGCUGUGUCUGUUCACGGUGAUGCCCGAGGGCACAGCCGAGGAGGUGAUGAAGGUAAAGCUGAGUGGAAAUAUGGGUCGCCAGGCAAACGUCGCCCUGAUCAACAGCAGCCUUCUUGUGACCGCCACUGGGGAGGCGGUCCUCAGGUUCUGGGAUUUAGAACGAGGAGAGAAUUACGUACUGAGUCCAGAGGAGAAGUUUGGUUUUGAAAAAGGAGAGAAUAUGAACUGUGUUUCUUACUGUAGAGUCAAAGGUCUUCUGGCAGCAGGUACCGAUAAAGGGCGCGUAGCCAUGUGGAGAAAAGUGCCAGGCCCCCAGAGCAGCCAAGGGGUGGAGGGCAAAGACAGGUGGACCCUUCAGAUCCCCACUGAGCUUGAAGGAAACAUCACACAGAUAAAGUGGGGCUCCAGGAAGAGCCUCCUGGCAGUGAACAGCAUCAGCUCCGUGCUCAUCCUCCGCGAGCAGGCCAUGUCGUCCCACUUCCACCAGCAGGUGGCCGCGGUGCAGGUCUCCCCGAGCCUACUCAGCGUGUCCUUCCUGUCCACGGGGGUGACACACAGCCUGCGCACAGACAUGUACAUCAGCGGAGUGUUCACCACCAAGGAUGCUGUUGCCGUCUGGAAUGGAAAACAGGUGGUGAUCUUUGAGCCUUCUGGAGCCACAUUACGAAGUGCAGGUACCUUCCUGUGUGAGUCUCCAGUGUUAGCCAUGCACGAAGAAAACGUUUAUACGGUGGAGCCAAACCGAGUCCAAGUUCGAACCUGGCAGGGGACUGUGAAACAACUCCUGCCAUUUUCCGAAACAGAGGGGAACCCAUGCUUCUUUGACAUCUGUGGAAAUUUCCUGGUUGUAGGGACAGACUUGGCUCACUUUAAAAGCUUUGAUCUAUCCCGAAGAGAGGCGAAGGUGCACUGCAGCUGCAAGAGCCUGGCAGGGCUGGUCCCGGGCGUUGGGGGCAUGGCCUCCCUCAGGUGCAAUGCCAGCGGCAGCAAGAUCAGCAUCCUCCUCAGCAAGGCUGACAACAGCCCCGAUUCCAGAAUCUUCUUCUACGAUGUGGAAAUGGACACAGUGACCAUCCUCGACUUCAAGAGGGGACAGAUAGAUCAGAGAGAGACGUUGUCCUUUAAUGGACAGGAGACUAAGAAAAGCCAGGCCCUUGCAGAUGAGAGGCUGACGAAUCUCGUGCCUGUGAGCCACUUCUGGGAUCAGAGUGAGCCCAGGCUGUUUGUGUGUGAAGCCUUGCAGGAAGUGCCGGGCGCCCCGCUGCAGCCAACGGACAGGAAGGCCCUGGGCGAGGCCAGCACAGGCCCCACGGCAGACGUGCUGGUCCUGUCUUUCUUCGUCUCUGAAGAGCACGGCUUCCUGUUGCAGGACAGCUUCCUCCGGCCUCCCGUCUUCCAGGCGCUCUUGGGAAUCCAAGUGCCCCAUUAUUACUUCAUGAGAAAGCCGGGAGAAGUGGACCUCGAGGACCAGGUGGACUCUGGGUCCCAGCGCAUCCCCCAGACGGUGGGCAGGAGGCCCCUGCGGGACUUCGUGGGGCUAGAAGACUGUGACAAGCCCACGCAGGACGCCAUGCUCAACUUCACCUUCUUCCUGGCUGUCGGGGACAUGGACGAAGCCUUCCGGUCCAUCAAGCUCAUCAAAAGCGAGGCUGUCUGGGAGAACAUGGCGCGCAUGUGCGUGAAGACUCAGCGGCUGGAUGUUGCCAAGGUGUGCCUGGGGCACAUGGGCCACGCGCGCGGAGCCCGAGCGCUGCGGGAGGCUGAGCAGGAGCCAGAGCCAGAGGCCAGGGUGGCCGUGUUGGCCAUACAGCUGGGCAUGCUGGAGGACGCGGAGCAUCUGUACAAGAAAUGCGGGCGCUACGACCUCCUCAAUAGGCUCCUGCAGGCAGAGGGCCAGUGGCAGAGGGCCAUUGAGGUGGCUGAGCGACACGACCGCGUGCACCUGCGCACCACCUACUACAAUUACGCCCGGCACCUGGAGGCCAGCGGGGACUGCAGCCUGGCCCUCAGCUACUACGAGAAAUCAGACACGCACCGCUUCGAGGUGCCACGGAUGCUGGCGGAGGACCUGCAGGCCCUGGAGCUAUACAUCAACAAGAUGAAGGACAAGACCCUGUGGAGGUGGUGGGCCCAGUACCUGGAGAGCCAGGCCGAGAUGGAUGCCGCACUUCGCUACUAUGAGCUGGCGCACGACUACUUCUCUCUGGUCCGCGUUUACUGCUUCCAGGGCAAUAUCCAGAAGGCCGCAGAGAUAGCCAGCGAGACCGGGAACUGGGCGGCCUCCUACCACCUGGCCCGUCAGUACGAGAGCCAGGACGAGGUGCGGCAGGCCGUGCACUUCUACACACGCGCCCAGGCCUUCAACAAUGCCAUCCGCCUCUGUAAGGAGCACGGCCUGGAUGACCAGCUUAUGAAUUUGGCCCUGCUGAGCUCCCCCAAGGACAUGAUCGAGGCCGCACGCUACUACGAGGAGAAGGGCGAGCAGAUGGACCAGGCGGUCAUGCUGUACCACAAGGCCGGCCACUUCUCCAAGGCCCUGGAGCUGGCCUUCGCCACACAGCAGUUUGUGGCCCUGCAGCUUGUGGCAGAGGACCUGGACGAGAAGUCAGACCCCGCCCUCCUGGCCCGCUGCUCCGAUUUCUUCCUGGAGCACAGUCAGUACGAGAAGGCGGUGGAGCUGCUGCUAGCCGCCAAGAAGUAUCACGAAGCCCUGCAGCUCUGCCUGGAGCAGAACUUGACCAUCACUGAGGAGAUGGCUGAAAAGAUGACGGUGUCCAAGGACUGCAAGGAGCUGUCUGAAGAGUCCCGGCGUGAGCUGCUGGAGCAGAUUGCCAGCUGCUGCAUGCGCCAGGGCAACUACCACCUGGCCACCAAGAAGUACACGCAGGCAGGGGACAGGCUGAAGGCCAUGAGAGCACUGCUCAAGUCUGGGGACACUGAGAAAAUUGUGUUCUUUGCGGGCGUCUCGAGGCAAAAGGAGAUCUACAUCAUGGCAGCCAACUACCUGCAGUCCCUGGACUGGCGGAAGGACCCGGAGAUCAUGAAGAGCAUCAUCAGCUUCUACACCAAGGGCCGGGCCCUGGACCUCCUGGCCGGCUUCUACGAUGCCUGUGCCCAGGUAGAGAUCGACGAGUACCAGAACUACGACAAGGCCCACGGGGCACUGACUGAGGCCUACAAGUGCCUGUCCAAGGCCAAGGCCAGGAGCCCACUGGACCAGGAGGCCAGGCUGGCGCAGCUGCAGAGCAAAAUGGCACUGGUGAAGCGCUUCAUGCAGGCCCGCAGGACAUACACCGAGGACCCCAAGGAGUCGGUCAGGCAGUGCAAGCUGCUCCUGGAGGAGCCGGACCUGGACAGCACCGUCCGCGUCGGGGACGUAUACGGCUUCCUGGUUGAGCGCCACGUGCAGAUGGAGGACCUGCAGACGGCUCCGGACGCGCAGGCUCAGCGGCCAUGGCUCACGCACCCAGCCGCUCCGCGGCAUGUGGGAUCUUCCCGGACUGGGGCACGAACCCGUGUCCCCUGCAUCGGCAGGCGGACUCUCAACCACUGCGCCACCAGGGAAGCCCCAGCCUUUCUUAUUUUGAAAUAAUUUCAAACUGAGAAGUUACAAGAAUAAUAGAACCCAACCCUUUACCAGAUUCAUUUUUUUUAACAUUUUCCCACAUUUAUGUAUUCAUUCUAUGUUUUAAAUUUUCUAUUUUAUACACAAAAUGGGUAUUUUCUGAGCCAUUUGACAGGCACAGACAUCCUUUCCUGUCCCUUCACUCCUCAGUUUGCUAAUAACACUUGGGGUGCCCACCUCCUGGAGUUGAGAGAGUGUAUGUAAGAUGGGUGUCACUUCCUUAAAUGUAGGAUAGAAUGUGUAAGUGAACCCACUGGUCCUGGAGCUUUCUUUGUGGAAGGGUUUUGGUAAUUCAGUUUAACAGAGCAGUUCUCAAACAUUUUGGUCUUGGGACCCCUUUACGCUGGGGAAGUUAUUGAGGACCCUAAGAGCUUUAUGUGGGUUAUAUCUACGAAUAUUUACUGUAUUAGAAAAUAAGCUAAUAAAUUUGUAAAAUAUUUGUUAAUUUACUUAAAAAUAAAAUAAACCCCCUACAUGGUAACAUAAGUAACAUUUUCAUUUAAAAUAACUGUAUUUUUCAAAACAAAGACAUUUAGUGAGAAAAGUAACUUUGUUUUACAUUGUUGCAAAUCUCUUUAAUGUCUGACGUAAUACAGGACAGCCAGACUCUCCAUGUCUGCUUCUGCAUUCAAUGUGGUAAAAUAAGUUUUCACUGAAAUAUGAAAUCUGUGAUGAAAACGCAGCUUCACCCCAAUGUGUAGGUGAGAAGGGGAGGACCUUGUAGCAGCCCUGUCAAGUAUUCGCGGGUCUUAGACACCACACCACACUCCACAAGUGGUGUUUCCUAAGUUAGUUGCAAUGAGCAAUCUGAAACCAUGUCAGCAUGCUUUUUGUACUUGUUACCUUAAAACCCGUUGGUCUACCUUCCAUCUUUUACACAUACAUGAUUUUGUAACAUCAUGGUGGUCGUUUGGAAAAUACUGGUUCACUGGGUUGUGCAAAUGUCAAAACAUUUCAUUACACACAAGAAAUCCUGUUGGCAGCGAUCUCAUCAGGAAAGUCCAAGUAUUGAGUGGACACGCAGCUGGUGGUGGCUGCGAUGUAGGUAGGUGUGUGGUGGUGUCUCACUGUGGUUGUAACACACCCUGUCUGCGUGGCUGGUGGCAAGCCCCUGCUCAGGUCCCCUCCUGCAAGUGCUCACACUGCCCCUUGCUUCAUUGGGUGUUUGUCUUCUUAUUGAGUGUGGCCUGGACGUUGUCUGCAUCAGAUGUGCGAGCUGCCGUGUUUUCUCCCCGUCUGUAGGGAGUUCCCUUUCAUCCCUUGCCCUCCCCCUCCUUCUGGACUCCAGCCACUUGUAUAUAUUGGCCCCUGGCUCAACUGAUUCUUUUUCCCAGAAUUUUUCCUAUUUUCAUUUGGGGCGGUUGCUUUGCUGUUGCUGCAAGUUGACUGUCUUCCUUCUGCAGAGUCCGCUCUGGUAUUGCUCCUUCCGUAGUUUCACCUCCAGUGGGUCUGAACCGGCUCUCCUCCCUCCGUCUCCUGUGUCUCUUUAUUCUGCUACUUUUUCCUCUGCCUUACUGAGCACGUGAAAUAUUUACUACUGUAAAGUCCUCGGCUCCAUGUCAAUUCCGGUUGUCCCUAUUGGUCGAUUCUUCUCUUUGUUAUGGUUCGUAUUUUCCUGCUUCGCAGGUCUGCAAUUAUUUAUUGGAUUCCAGACACUGUAAAUGUUUUAGGUUGUCAAGUGCUGGAGUCUGUGUGUGUGUUCUUUUCAAUAUUGUUGAGUUUUCUCCUGGGAUAAGGGUAAGUUACUUGGAAACAAAUUUGAUCCUUUUGUGACUGUAUUUGGGAAAUCUGUAAUUAUUUUUCCUUCAAAUAUUUUUUUUCUGCCUUAUUCUCUCUUUCUGGGUCUCCAGUUGAGUGUUAGGCCUUUUCAUAUUAAGUGGAUACACAUUUGUAAUUGAUUCAUUGUUAUUAAUCUUUUCUUCCUAUUACUUGAAUUAGGUAACAUAACUAUCUUCAAAUAUACUGACUCUCUCUGGCUAUCUUCAAUCCGCUGUUAACCUGUCCAGCAGAUUUUUCAUUUUAGAUUUUGUAUUUUUCUGUUCUAGAAUUUACACUUAGUUCUUUUUUUUAAUUUUCUGCUAAAAUUUCCUAUUUGUUGAUUCAUUAAGAAUGAACACUUUAUACUCCUGAGCAUAGUUGUAAUUGCUGCUCCAAAGUCUGUGCCACUAAUUCAAACAUCUGGACAUGUUGAGUUAGUCUCCAUUAUUUGUCUUUUCUCUUGAGUAUAGGUCAGGUUUUCCUGUUUCUUUUUAUGUCCAGCAGUUUUUUGUAUCCCGGACAUCGUGGAUAACACAUUGUAGAGACCCUGGCUUCUGCUAUGUCUUCUUUCUGUCCUGCUUUCCUUAGGCAGCCGUCUUUGUCGAGCUCAGAGUGUAAGCCCCCCCACCGUGGUGGGCAGCGGGCUCUCUGCUCAGUACGUGGCUUUGCUCAGGCUCCUUGGCGUGUGGCUGGUCCCCACCACAUGCAGAGUCAGGGUCAAGCAGAGGUCAGGGCAGAGCCCACACUCAGAAUCUGUCUGCUCCACGACUGUCUUCACCAUUUCCUCACAUGCCAGCUGCUGUGGUGGAUGCAGUUCUGAUUCUGGUUCUUUUGGCCAGUUUCUUUGUGCCUUUUACUUCCCCCAGUGGCCCUGACUGGGCCUCCCCGAGGCAGAAGUUACAACAAGCAGAAAACUCACCCAAGUGUCGGCUCCCCCUGCCCACGGUUGUUCUCCAGAGCCUUUUGCAUUUUGCCCAGUUUGUCCUUGUCGUUUGGGAGGGGGGCUGGUCUAAUGUGAGUUACCCUGCCCUCACCAGAAGCCUCUGUCCUCGUUCUUUUCGGUCUUCGUCCUCUGAAACCAGCAGCAGAACCACACCUGGCUGCAUUUUCCCUUCAUCUUUUAAAGGACAGCACACAGACUGUGCUGUAGUCCACGUGCUCUGCCCACGGCCUGUCCCUCGCAGGUAGUUCCUGGUGAGGCUGCAGUGACCCCGAGGGACCCCCGCUUUCCUUUCCCAAGUGCUGGCAAACCCAGGAUUGACAACUCAUUCAGAAGCGUUGCCAGUGGGCCAGGCUGGCCUCACGGGGCGCAGUUCCCAGAUUCCCAGGAAAGCCAAGCGUCCGUGGCCCAGGUCUGGGGGGUCAGCACCAUGAACUCAGACUUCCCGGCCAACUUGCUCACAUCCUCCCGGCCCUGCCACUUCCACUCACCGACCCCUUUUGUUGUUGGGGAAACAGCUCUAAAGUGAAUCCCAACAGGUUCCCACUUUUUUGGAGAAUAAAACAAACGUGGACUGCAGAGAUGCUCAGACCACUGAAUCCUCAAAAUUAACAGAAAAAUCACAUUUCAAGUAUUUCACCAAAUUCUUUGUUGUCUCAAGCCUUGUUUGAAGCCCGUAGGAUUUAGUAAUUUUAAAUUUUAAAAAAUCUAUAAAUACAUUGAGAAAGGAUAGGCCUGCAUGAGUUUCCUCCCCGGGUGUGGGCAGGGGACACAGAAGCCCCCACUGCUGCUCCAGGGUCUCCCCGUCCCUGGGACGUCCCUCCCGCUCGGUCCUCACGGCCCCAUCCUGAGUCCAGUCCUGACAGACUGCCGACGCUCCUUCUGGAGACGCUGCUUCCCUUGCCCCCAGUGCGCCUGGCUGUGUCGUUCCUCGCCCCCAGGUGUUCUCUCUGGCUUCCCCGCCGACUCCCACCCCCUCCCCUCUGCGUAGGCUCUCCAACCCAAACCCCACGGCUGCCCAACUCCCUCUACCCUUGCUGGGCCGGGCUUCUCACCGAAGCGCCCAGUGGCCUGGCUUGGUCCUCCCUUGUACCUGUGUCCUGUGUGCCCAGCACGGCUCACAGCUGGCCCUCAGCAGACACCGAGGGGCGUCCCUGGUGCCUGGGUAUCUCCUUCCAUCGUUGGAGGGCUCCUGGGCACUUGCACGCUGCAUCCCCCAUCCCUCCAAACACCCUAUUUUAUCUUUAUGAUCUUUAUUGUUUAUAUCAGAGUUAUAUCUGUCUGAAAUAAGAUCAGUCUAAAAUUUUAUCAUCUUUAAGAAAUGCUAAGAUGUGAUUAUUUCCUCAUAAAGUCAAAAAGCUCCUGGAAAUUUUGUUCAUAUUCUGAAUUGAUACUCAGUGUACCCGUAGAAGCCACGUGAGGCCCUGUUCCAGCUCCUUGUGCUUGCACAUGACCCUCCCUGUGGGUGAGCAGGUGGAGCAGGUGUAAGGAGGUGUGGGUGGGUGCAGGCAGGUGGAGCAGGUGUAAGCACACCCGUCCUGCCUCAGACCCCACCCCAAGC